AUGGAUGAGGACGACACAAAUGUGGAACCAAUGUUUGACGAUCACAGCUUCGAUGACGGGUAUAACAUUGAUUCACUCGAAGACAUUGGGAUGAUGGGCAGAACAAAAAAAAAAAAACAGGAGAAAGUUGACGGGAAGUAUAUGGAUGAGGACAACACAAAUGUGGAACUAAUGUUUGACGACGGCUUUGAUGAAGGGUAUGGCAUUGAUUCACUCGAAGACAUUGAGAUGAUUGAAUUUCGGAACAUCAGGGACAAAGAUGCUGAUAUUGGCCACAUGAUUAACAUGAAAAAGGGUGGGAUUAGUGUUGGGCAGAUAUAUCGAGCAUUAGCAAAUCAGGCAGGUGGCUGUGAGUAUCUCUCUUUCAUCCAAAGGGACCUGUAUAAUAAAAUAGCAAAGCAGAGGUGCCAGUUACUGGGUGAUGCAUAUCUAGCUUUGAAGUAUCUGGAAGAUCAAGUAACAAAUGACCCUUCUCUGUAUUUUAAUCAUCACAUGGAUGCCGAUAGUACUUUGCAAAUUUAUUCUGGUGCGAUGGUCUCAGCAUGGUAG